AUGGGUGCAGCGCAAUUCCGGCAUAUUUUCCUCCAGCCUCUCCAAUCCAAUUGGAGUUCACAGUUUCCCCCUCCUCAAGGGCGUUGGUGCUCCCAUUUGCAGUGUAAGGGAGAUGCCCACAGGGAGGGCACUGAUUUGGUCUGCAGAAGGGUUUUCAAACUGCUGAGUGGUACAGAUUCCUAUAGUGAUCCAUUCUGCAGAGCUGCUGCAAGGGGUGAUUUUUUUUCUGUGAGUCACAGCAAUGAUGACAUUCUCAGCUGUGUUUACAAGUGGAUUUCAGACUCCCCGGCUCUAGUGGUGGCCAGGAGUGCUCCGGAGGAGACCGUGACCAGCAGCUUUGCCUCCUUCAUCCACGCAGUCCGACCUGAGCACCUGUCCAAGAUCGUCCGUCACAGAAGCAAGAGAAUGAUCCUUGACAGCAUUGGUGUUGGCCUUGUGGGCAGCACAACCCAUGUGUUUGAUAUUGCUCUGAAGUACUGCCUGGAGCUGUACUCUUCAGUUGCCGUGAGCAAUGUCUAUGGCAAGCCUGGUGUGAAGCUGUCCCCGACUCUGGCUGCGUUCACUAAUGGUGUUGCGACUCACUCCAUGGACUUUGAUGAUACCUGGCACCCUGCUACUCACCCAUCAGGGGCUGUUCUUCCAGCUCUGCUGGCAGCUUCUCAGAUGCUACCUCCAAACUCCAAACCCAAUGGCCUGGAUUUCCUGCUGGCAUUUAAUGUGGGCCUGGAAGUGCAAGGAAGGCUCAUGCAUUUCUCCACCGAGGCUCACAAUAUUCCCAAAAGGUUCCACCCUCCUUCAGUAGUCGGUACUAUGGGCAGUGCUGCAGCCACUGCAAAGCUGCUGUCUCUCAGCAUGACCCAGUGUACCCAUGCCUUGGGCAUCGCUGCUUCACUCGCAGGAGCACCCAUGGCAAAUGCUGCCACACAAGCCAAGCCAUUGCAUAUUGGGAAUGCCACCCGCCUGGGCUUUGAAGCAGCACUGCUCGCUGCCCGAGGAAUGGAAGCUAACCCUUUCAUUCUGGAUGAUAUCUCUGGUUGCUCUGGAUUCAGUGCUUUUUACAGCAUCUAUCAACCCACACCGCUGUCCACACCAAGUGAGCAUCAUGAGUUCCUCUUGGAGAAACAGGAUAUUGCUUUCAAGCGAUUCCCAGCCCACCUGGGGAUGCACUGGGUGGUGGAUGCUGCCUUGUCCGUUCGGAACCUCUUCAUCAACUAUGCAGGGUCCUUCUCUCCCUCUUUGAUCCGUACCAUUGUGCUGAAGAUCCCAGUGUCAAAGUACAUCAAUAGGCCUUUCCCCAACUCAGAACACGAGGCCAGACACUCCUUCCAGUUCAAUGCCUGUACAGCCCUGCUGGACGGAGAAGUGGGCCUCAGCUCCUUCACAGAGAGCAGCAUCCACCGGCAGGAGCUGAGGGAACUGCUCCACAAAGUGGUAGUGGAACACCCUGAAGAUAAUGUGGCUAACUUUGACAAAAUGUACGGAGAGGUGGCAGUGCUCCUGAAGAGUGGAGAUGUCCUGACAGGAAAAUGUGACACUUUUUAUGGGCACUGGAGGAAGCCUCUCAGCAGGGAAUCACUCCUGAAGAAGUUUCGAUCCAAUGCCUCUCACGUGCUUCCAGAAGAAAAGGUAGAAACCAUCAUUACUAUGGUGGACAAUCUGGAGAACCUGUCAGAUAGCUCCCAUCUGGCCUAUAGCCUGUGAAAGAAUGCGUUUUUGACAAGGGAUUUAUCUCAAAGAAACUGGUUCCUUUCUUUGUUGGUGCUUUACUAUUCUUUUCCAGUGAUAGGAAAGUUCUUAUCCCUUAAAGUCAAAGUAGAUGCAUUAGUAUCACAGAAGUCCAUGAGGCAAAAAGUGUGUCUGUGUAAUUAGUACACAGAUUAAAUUUAACUCAGUUGUUUCUGAGUAGCUGAAAGCUGACUACAGAUGCCAAAACCUCCCAUGGAUCUAUGAAAAUCCUGGAGUAUUAUCUUGAAGCUGGUUCCCUACAAAGGAGAGUCCAGAUAUUUUUAAAGUUGUGUUCAAGGUUAUUUCUGUAUAGAAUGCCUAACUGCUGAGUCUGGGAAGAGGAGAAGAGGAGGACACUCAGCUGCAAAAUGUGUGCUUUCCUUAAUACUCCUCUGAGCACUUUUUGGAUCAUGAUUAGAUAGUUGUACUGGAUAAAUGAAAAAUCUAUCAGAGUUACUGUAAACAGCCCUGCCUGCAAAACUCUCAAGCAGAGAAGGAUUUUUUUUUUUUUCCAGCAAGACCUUCCAAUAUGUCCAAUAUUUAGGAAGUUGUUGUCACUUCUCUAUGUAGAAGGAAUGGUUAAGUGACUCUUAAAGCCUCUAUGUCUUAUCUGAAUGAAAGGCAGCCAAUUGAGGAAUCCUACAUCAGUCCUACAUUUACAUCCUACACCUUCUGCAAGGUGAUCAUAGUGCUGUGGCAUAUCAUCCCUCCUGGGUUUGGACAGAUCACCCAGGCAGCUAUCAGAGCUAGCUUUCCAGAGGUCAUCUUUGUAGUCAGUGAAGAGAUGGACCACUCUGGAUUGUCACUUGGGUACAAGCAUGCUGUGAUUCACAUUGGGAAUUUCCUACUUCUCUUCCCUGACAGGGGAGAAAACAUAAAGAGGAAACCCCUAAAUCAUCUUUCUAGCUGUGGUAAAAUCUAUGACUUGUACUCCUGAGUAAC